CACAGCGGGUUGAGAUGGGCAGGUCCGCCCCACUACCCACCCUUUCAGACUUCACGUGCACGACUGCGCAUGUGCGCUGCGGAGCCCGCUCGAACUGCUACAGCCGAAGUGGCGCGGUAGACCUUUGCGCAGGCGCACUUGCGGCCAUCGGGAGUGCUUCCGCCUCCCCGCCACCGCCGCCAUGGCCGCGCCCGCCGCGGGCCUUAUCUCCGUCUUCUCGAGUCCGCAGGAGCUGGGCGCGUCGCUGGCGCAGCUGGUGGUGCAGAGAGCCGCGUGCUGUCUGGAUGGGCCCCGCGGCCGCUUCACGCUCGGGCUGUCGGGCGGCAGCCUCGUGUCCAUGCUGGCCCGUGACCUACCCGCCGCCGCCGCCGCCGCCGGACCUGCCAGCCUCGCGCGCUGGACUCUGGGCUUCUGCGACGAACGCCUGGUUCCCUUCGAGCACGCCGAGAGCACGUACGGGCUCUACCGGACGCACUUGCUGUCCAAACUGCCAGUCCCUGACAGCCAGGUCAUCACCAUCAAUCCCCAGCUGCCUGUGGAGGCGGCAGCGGAGGACUAUGCUAAGAAGCUGAGGCAGGCCUUCCAGGGAGACUCCAUCCCCGUGUUCGACCUGCUGCUCCUGGGCGUGGGCCCCGAUGGCCAUACCUGCUCGCUCUUCCCAGACCACCCAUUGCUGCAGGAGCGAGACAGGAUCGUAGCCCCAGUCAGCGACUCCCCGAAGCCCCCCCCGCAGCGGGUGACCCUGACACUCCCUGUGCUGAACGCGGCCAGGACAGUGGUGUUUGUGGUGACUGGGGAGGGCAAGGCUGCUGUGCUGAAGCGCAUCCUGGAGGACAAGGACUCUGAGCCGCUGCCAGCCGCCCUGGUUCAGCCCCACACUGGGACGCUGUGCUGGCUACUGGACGAGGCGGCUGCACGCCUCCUGUCUGUGCCCUUCGAGAAGCACUCGACGCUGUAGCCUUGGAGGACGCCUUGUGGGCUGGACUGGUACCUGCCCAGGGCUGGGCUCCGAGCUGCCCCUGCCUUUGGAAAAGUCCUGGGCAGCUGCUGGGUAUCACCAUCCUGGAACCACAGAUUAAAGGAUGUGGCUGGAACCCGA